UCCAGCGCUUCGGGGUUUCUCGGCCCCGCCCAUCACUCGCUUCAUGCCCAAUCAGAAUCGAGAAAGGUCCUGACGCAACCGAAGCAGUUCAGCUCUUUCCGGGGACAAGGUCAACAGAUCGCUCGGCUGCUUCGGCAGCCCGGGGGCGGGGCCCGAAGCGCCUCGGCCCUUUCCGGCGGCGCCUCCUGCGCUGGGCCAUGCGUCUGCUCCUGCGGGCGCUCCGCGGGGCGCUAGGGCUGCGGCCGGCCGGGGCCGGUCUCGGAGGGAAGCAGCUCUGGCGGCCGCUGAGCGCCGCGCCCGACCUGACGGAGCUGUUCGCGGCGCCGGGGCUGCUGCGGCUGCUGGAGGCGCGGGCGGGCAACGGGGAGCUGGCGGCGCGGAUACAGCGGCUGCGAGCCAAGGAGCAGGAGCUGCAGGAGACGCAGGAACUGGCGUGCUCAGAUGAAAAUGAAGAUUUGCGUAAGCUUGCUGCAAAGGAAAUCAUUUCUUGCCAGGAGGAGGUAGCUGAACUGAAACGCCAGAUAGUAUUGCUUUUGAUUCCUUCAGAAGAAAUGGACAACAAUGACCUUGUCAUGGAAUUAGCUGCUGGAGUUGGAGGACAAGAAGCCAUGCUAUUCACUGCAGAUAUAUUUGAUAUGUAUCAACAGUAUGCUGCUUAUAAAAGGUGGAGAUUUGAAAUACUGGAAUACUCUCCCAGUGAAAUAGGUGGCUUGAGACAUGCAGUAGCCAGCAUAGCAGGUCCUGAAGCAUACAAGAACCUGAAGUUUGAAGGAGGAGUGCAUCGUGUUCAGCGAGUGCCAAAGACAGAGAAGCAGGGACGUAUUCAUACCAGCACAAUGUCUGUUGCAAUAUUGCCCCAACCCACUGAGAUUAAUCUGUCUAUUGAUCCGAAAGAUUUACGGAUUGAAACUAAGCGAGCCAGUGGAGCUGGAGGCCAGCAUGUAAAUAAAACAGAGAGCGCUGUGCGGAUUGUCCAUAUUCCGACAGGUGUGGUGGCUGAAUGCCAAGAACAAAGAUCUCAGCUGAAAAACAAAGAGAAGGCUAUGAAAGUACUUCACGCUAGACUGUAUAAUAUCCAGGUGGAAGAAGUGACAAGAAAGAGAUGCAGUAACCGAAAGAUUCAGGUUGGGACCAGAGGAAGAUCUGAGAAGAUCAGAACAUACAGCUUCCCACAGGAUCGGGUGACUGACCACCGGAUAAGCAGAUCAGUGCAUCACAUUGAAAAAUUCAUGUUAGGGGAAGAAUUACUAGAUGAAAUGAUAAAAUCCCUGAGGGAAUAUGCUGAUUAUGAAUCUUUAAUGGAAAUUAUUUCGGCAAAUGAACAAACAAAACUUACCUGAACUUUGUGCUUUGCCAAGCCCUGGUAUGAAUGCUUACCCAAAUCAGCUGCACAACAGCUUGCUGGAGCAUCAUACAAAAGGUAUAAGUGGCUUUUUAGUUAAUGAAAAAGGACUAUUUCCUCACUAUUUAUAGUCAGUUCUUCCCCUUGUUGAAGUAGAAGGCUGUAGUGUCUUUGUACUAAAACGUUGUUACAGUGUUAAAAACUUGAAGUAAAAUGACUGAGUACAAAGUGACUGCCAGUUUUGUAUCCUCCAGUGAAAAGACACUGCUACUCCACUCUCAAAAGGGACACAGAAAAAAUUCAUUAUUUCAUGCUUCAGGCUUCAUCUAAGUCAUAACCUAAAAGCCAGUUGGU